UGUGUAAUUGGAAUUUUCAAAGCUCCGUUCGCCAUGAAGUCGAGUUUAGUGUAAUUAAUUCAAAGUACUGAAUUAUAAAGUACUAGCCCAAGAAAUAGUAAUAACAGUUACAGUAAUUAAUCUUCUUAAUACUAUAAUUAUUACCACUGCAGAAAUUAAUAAAUUAAUUCAAUUCAACUUCCAUUUUUGAUUCUUCAUUUUCUUCAUCACUAUACUUCUCUGAAAUCUUAUUCACCAAAAAGCUCCAGCAAAAAGCUCUAAUCCUUUUUCCCUUUUUUUCAGAUUCUGAAUUUUCAAACUUUAUUUCUUAUCUAAUGGAAUCACCAGAAAACGACACCGUAUCAUUCGAAUCAGCCGAGAAAAUAAUUCUCCGAUGGGAUUCAACGGUAUCGGAAGAAGCUAGAGAGAAGAUGAUAUUCAACGGUGAUCGUUACGAGAUCGAUCGGUAUUUACAAGCCGUUGAUGAAAUCCAACGGUCAAUGGAAUCGGCAACAAUAUCAGACGGUCGGGAUAAAGCCAGCAGUGCGAUCCAGAUCGCUAUGGCUAGACUUGAAGACGAGUUCCGCAGCAUACUCAUAGCUCAUACGAAUGCAAUCGAAGCUGAUUCGUUAGCUGAUCCUAGUCCUUCUUCAGUCAACUCCGGGGAGUUUCAGUUGCCGGAAGAUGACUAUCAGUAUACCCCCACCGCAACUGACGAUGAUUCGUUCAGUAAAGAGUUUGAACAUCAGGAGAGUAGUACAAGCAGUGGCAGCUAUCGAUCUACUAAUAGUAUCCGUGAAGUUGAACUUAUGCCGUCUGAAGCAAUAUAUGAUCUCCGGAGUAUAGCUGAAAGAAUGAUUUCAGCUGGAUAUCUUCGCGAGUGUAUUCAGGUGUACGGUAGUGUACGGAAGUCUGCGGUUGAUUCGAGUUUUCGUAAGCUUGGAAUAGAGAAACUCAGCAUUGGAGAUAUUCAGAGACUUGAUUGGGAGACACUGGAGACGAAGAUCCGUAGAUGGAUAAAAGCGGCUAAAUUAUGUGUACGUAUACUGUUUGCUAGUGAGAAGAAACUCUGUGAGCAAAUCUUUGAUGGUUUGGGGACGGCUACGGAUGAUGCUUGCUUUAUGGAGACGAUUAAAGGACCUGCGAUUCAGCUGUUCAAUUUCGCUGAAGCGAUUAGUAUUAGCCGAAGAUCGCCUGAGAAGUUGUUUAAGAUAUUGGAUCUUCAUGAUGCUUUAUCUGAUUUACUGCCUGAUAUUGAAAUUGUUUUCGAGUCGAAAGCUUCGGAGUCAAUUAGAGUUCAAGCAGUUGAGAUAUUGUCUAGGUUAGGGGAGGCUGCUAGAGGGAUAUUGUCUGAAUUUGAGAAUGCAGUGCUUCGUGAACCUUCGAAGGUUCCUGUUCCGGGAGGGACGAUUCAUCCGUUAACUAGGUAUGUUAUGAACUAUAUAAGUCUAAUUUCGGAUUAUAAGCAGACAAUGGGUGAAUUGAUUGUUUCACAGCCAUCAACGGGGUCAAGGUAUUCGAGUGAUCCUAACACCCCUGAUAUGGACUUUGGGGAGCUAGAAGGGCAGACGCCAUUGUCGCUUCAUUUGAUUUGGAUUAUUGUCAUUUUGCAGUUCAAUUUGGAAGGUAAGUCUAAGCACUAUAGAGAUACCUCUUUGGCUCAUUUAUUCAUGAUGAAUAAUGUCCAUUAUAUUGUUCAGAAGAUUAAAGGGUCACCUGAGUUAGCUGAAAUGAUUGUAGAUGAUUACUUGAGAAAAUUAACGGGGAAAUUUAGGCAAGCUGCUACUAGUUACCAGAGAGCAACCUGGGUGAGGGUGUUGCAUUGUUUGAGAGAUGAGGGACUACAUGUGAGUGGCAGUUUUUCAUCAGGGGUGUCCAAGAGUGCAUUGAGAGAGCGUUUCAAGUCGUUUAAUGCCUUGUUUGAAGAGGUUCACAGGACCCAGUCCACAUGGUUGAUACCAGAUACACAGCUCAGGGAGGAGCUGCGCAUUUCCAUUUCCGAAUUGUUGAUUCCUGCCUAUAGAUCAUUUCUUGGACGGUUCAGGAGCCAUAUAGAAAGCGGAAGGCAUCCAGAAAAUUAUAUCAAGUAUUCUGUGGAGGACCUAGAGAAUGCUGUCUUGGAUUUCUUUGAGGGGUACACUGUGUCACAGCACUUGAGGAGAAGAUCUCAGUGAAAGAAUAUUAGUUUCAACAAGUAGUACUUUAGGACAUUCUUUGAAUUUUUUUUCAUGGAGUCAUUCAGGGACUGAGGUUAUGGCAUUCUGGUGUUUCUCGAGUUUGUUCUUUCAUUUUUAGUGUUCCAGGGUGAUGGGCUGCUGUAAACUUCGGGAAGAUCAGCUGUAUCUAUCAAGAAGGGUCAGUGCCUCCUGCCUCUGGAUGCUCUGCCCUGUAAGCAUGGUGUUGUUGUAUUUCUUCCAUAGUUUUAGACUUUAUUUCAAUUUGUCCAUAUCUGAAUUGUUGUAUUGGUUACCUUCUUGAAGUUUUAUCAUAAUCAUGAUUUUGUUAA